CAGCCCGGCAUGCUGAGGGCACCAUCAUGAUCGGCUUCUGCCAAAGGGCGGCCCUCACCUGCCUCCGGCUCCCCGCACCUGGUUGGGGCGGGAGGGGGCCCGUGUCUGGCACAGCGUCAGCGGCCCUGACUCUUGCGUGUCUCUGGGCAGCGAGCCGAGCCGCAGCAGACGCGCGGGGGCGCUCGGAGAGGCCCCAGUCUGCUGCUGCCUCCAGAAUCACCGGCAUCAGCCUCCAGGAAGCUCAACAGAUCCUCAACGUUUCUAACCUCAAUGCGGAGGAAAUUCAGAAGAACUACGACCACUUAUUCAAGGUGAAUGACAAGUCGGUGGGAGGCUCCUUCUAUUUGCAGUCAAAGGUGGUGAGGGCCAAGGAGAGGCUGGACGAGGAGCUCCGCAUCCAGGCCCAGAGCGAGAAGGAGAAGGAGUGGAAGGCCGAGACGUGACUCCUGCCACCCUUGUCCCCCACUUCCCACACCCAUAAGUUAUAGCUAGCCAAUAAAUGUCAUGUCCUCCAGCAGCUGGCCUGGAUGCUCUGCACCCCGGGGAGGGAGCGGGGGCAGCCCCAGCUCUGCCGGCUGGCCCGGGG